GGGCCCCGCGUGUACUUUCAGAGCCCCCCUGGGGCUGCAGGUGAGGGCCCGGGCGGUACGGACGAUGAGGGCCCAGUGAGACGCCAAGGGAAGGUCACCGUCAAGUACGACCGCAAGGAGCUACGGAAGCGCCUCAACCUGGAGGAGUGGAUUCUGGAGCAGCUCACGCGCCUCUACGACUGCCAGGAAGAGGAGAUCCCAGAGCUGGAGAUUGAUGUGGAUGAACUCCUGGACAUGGAGAGUGAUGAUACCCGGGCUGCCAGGGUCAAGGAGCUGCUGGUUGACUGUUACAAACCCACUGAGGCCUUCAUCUCUGGCCUGCUGGACAAGAUCCGGGGCAUGCAGAAGCUGAGCACACCCCAGAAGAAGUAAGGGUCCCCGACCCAGGUGAAUGGUGGCUCCCACAGGACAAUCGCAGCCCCCCAACCUCGUAGCAACAGCAAUACUGGGGACCCUGCGGCCAGGCCUGGUGCCAUGAGCAGGGCUCCUUGUGCCCCUGGCCCAGGGACCUCUUCCCCUGUCCUCAGUUUUCCACUUUUGGGGUUUUUUAUUGUUAUUAAACUGAUGGGACUUUUUGUGUUUUUAUAUUGACUGCGGCGCGGACCCUUUAAUAAAAGCUAGGAUAUGCCUUUGGUGAAGCUAA